AUAUAUCCAAACGCCCCUCGCUACGGUAUGCCUGGCCCAUACAGAACCGAAUUUUGGGAGUCGUGGUUGUGGCAGACUUUGACUAUCCCUCCAUCAGGAAGGUACGCACUUGAAGUGACAGUGCCUCAUUCAACAACCUCUUGGUGCAUAACUGGAUUUUCAAUUGAUCCAAAAUAUGGUUUGGGUAUCGUGAAGAAACGGAUCACGUUCUCGGCAGCCAAAAUCUUCUUCAUUUUGGACCAUCUGCCACGCACGAUCAAACGUUACGAGACGGUAUCACUUCAUUUUACUCUGUUAAGCUCAAUUGGAGAAGAGUUUGAGGCCAACGUGACGAUGUUUAACGCAAUGAAUCAAAUGCAUUUUAUUGGUCGUCCUGGUGCAGUAGCCAAAGAUACGAAAACUGUAUCUGUUCCUCCGAAUUCUGAUGCACCAGUCUUGUUCCUAAUAAAAGCAAUGAAGCUAGGUGAGUUGGAGAUCCGGGUGAAUGCAUCGAUCAUGCAAGGCGUUAUCUCGGAUAGCUUCAAGAAAAUAAUAGUAGUUCUUCCGGAAGACGUAUUGCUUCUGAAGUCUCAACGUAUACAUUUCGAUGAUGAUACCCCCUCAAAUCAAUCGUUCGAUAUUCCGCUUUUCAUAGACGAGACGUCUAAAGAUGACGCCAUACCAGUUGACUUAACCGUUUAUCCCGAUCAACAGUCUUUAAAGGAUCUUCAAAACAAUUAUAAUGUAUCAAUCUUUCACGAUACCAUUGAAAAAUCGAUGCAUGUAAAUUCGGAUUUCAAUGAGAACAUCACGAUUAAAUCUGUUCCGAAUAAUACCAGGACACUAACAGCGAUCGUAAAGAGUUUAGGGUCUGGAGUGAUUCAGAUCAACUGGCAAUACCGUCUAAAUUUGAUGCACUUUAUGCCCCGUUUCGACUUACAACUCACCAAGCUAACGACUCCCUCUGAGUGGAUGAAAGAACUUUUUAUUUGCCUCAGCUUCAUUCCGGAAGAUCGAGAUGAUCAUUCAAACGGCACGCUUGUGGAAGUGAGCAUACCAAUAGGCUACUCGAUGGAGAAUCAUUCUGUAGUUGAGUUGAAAACGACUAUCAAUCCCAUCAGUAGAAUUGAGAUACUACAUGGUGGAACGACGGUACUGGUACACUACAACCAUAUCGGGAACGAGACGAAUUGCUUCAGCGUUUUCGUGUACAGAAGGUUUAAAAUGCGAGAGAGGCAUCCCUCAUACAUCAAGGUGCAAGAUACCUACCGCCCAGAGUUAAAUGCGAUAAUAAUGUUCGAUUGCCAUGAGUUGAUAUGAAAUUGUCUGCGACGAUUGCUGCUGUGAAAAUGGAUGUUAACUUACCUAAUCAUAUAUAUUAAAUCACGAUCAUCAC